GAACGUGCUGCUGAAAACCAGACUUAAAAAGGCUUUUCCUGUUAAUGCACAGCUUAUUCUGUCUCUUGUUUCACAGGGAAGAAAAGCUGAUUUAGUAAUUGAAAUGGAUGCAAUACUAAAUUACAGGUCAGAAGAUACUGAAGAUUACUACAUGUUACUGGGAUGUGAUGAACUAUCUUCGGUUGAACAAAUCCUGGCGGAAUUUAAAGCCAGAGCCUUGGAAUGUCACCCUGACAAGCAUCCUGAAAACUCCAAAGCUGUGGAGACUUUUCAGAAACUGCAGAAGGCAAAGGAAAUUCUGACUAAUACAGAGAGUCGUGCCCGGUAUGACCAUUGGCGAAGGAGCCAGAUGUCAAUGCCAUUCCAGCAGUGGGAAGCUUUGAGUGAUUCGGUGAAAACGUCAAUGCACUGGGCUGUCAGAGGUAAAAAAGAUCUGAUGCUGGAAGAAUCUGACCAGGUUCAUACCAACCAGAUUGAAAAUGAGGAACGGAACAAGCAAAGAGAAAUAAAGACAGAGAAGCUGGGUUCAACCACAGAGAAAAUGGAGCAAAAAGAAUCCAACUCCUUGGAGAAGUCAUUCUCCCCACAAAAUCUGGAUUCUCCAAUCUUUUCAGAUGUGAACUCUUGGCACCUUCGUUUCCGCUGGUCUGGGGACGCUCCCUCAGAACUCCUGAGGAAAUUCAGAAAUUAUGAAAUAUGAAAAGUGCUCGGUAGGAGAGAGAGAGAGCAAGACCAUCUCCCGUGCUGCCAACAAGUCUGUUUGAAUCUUAAAAACGUUAUGUUUCUCUGUCAUGUUUGUGAAUUGCUCAGUACCGAUUGAUUCCUCCAUUCUUGAACCCCUUCUAACAAAAUGUGUGUUUUAAAUGAGAACAUUUUCAGACUAGUCUCUUUCAAUAUUUGAAUAGAUUAAGGCUCUUAGAUCCAAAGUAGCUUGUUGUGAAUCUUCCUGUUAAUGUUGUAGAAAAUCUAUUUUAAAAAGAUAUCUCUGUAUUUAAAUAAUUCAUUAAUAUACCACGAUCCCUAUUAGUGCUGUAUGUACAAGAAAUGCUUUCUGACUCUUGGGGCACCUGGGUGGAUCUGUUGGUUAAGCAAACAACUCUUGACUUUGUCUCAGGUCAUGAUCUCAGGGUCGUGGAGUCUGCUUAAGAUUCUCUUUCCCUCUGUCUCUGCCCCUCCCCUGCUCACU